GAGCCCCGCGGCCGACACAGAAGCCCCGCGGCCGACUCAAGUGCCGCCGUCCGACACAGCCCGUCGGCGGCCGACACAGAGCCCCGCGGCCGACUCAAGCGCCGCCGUCCGACACAGCCCCGCGGCGGCCGAGAGCCCCGCGGCCGACUCAAGCGCCGCCGUCCGACACAGCACCUCGGCGGCCGACACAGAACCCCUCCGCGGCCGACACGGUACUUGGCGCCGGCCGACCCGGUACUUGGCGCCGGCCGACACGCCACCUGGCGCCGGCCGACACGGCACUUGGCGCCGGCCGACAAGCACACCCAGCCGCGGCCGACGCGCCCACCCCGCCGGCCGACUCACCGCGGCCGACACAGACCCUGUCCGGUUUAAUGCCUUAUUCAAAACAAGCAAGAAAUCACAACUACUUUUUUUUGGUAUGA